UAUAAUUAUAUUUAGAUAAAUAUUUAAGAAAAUAAAAAUCUGUGCACGGUAGCGCCUUGAUGUAAAUAUCCUCGGGAUCCUGUUUUUCAUUCAGAAAACAUACAUUCCAUUUUGAAAACCGAUGGAAAAUGUGAUUCGUUUGAGAAGUGAAAUGGAAAGAAAAUGUGUACAUAAAAACCCAGUGGCUGUGUGUGCGUGUUUGUUUGUGUUUCCCUAUUUUUAUGAGUAUGUGUGAAUGCUCGGGAAAGUUUUGCUAUUACAAAUUGAACAUUUUAAAUGAAAAUUGAGUCCAGAUUUGAAAAUAGCAAAGAAUAUAUCUACAAGUUUGGGUUCUAUUUUCACAGCUUACUUCCCUUCGGGACUGUGUGAGUGAGUCGUCGUCGUCGCUGUCGCCGUGUAUGUAUACAGAAAACGUCUCAUUUGGUGUAUACAUACAUACAUAAAUACGUACGUAUGCACUCGGAUGUGUUUGCCGUCAAGAAGUUUAUAUUAACGAAAGAGAGAAAAGGUGACGACAGGAGUCCGAGGAUGGAGCAAGAUACACAUCGGCAUGUGCCGACGAAGCCAUUAGUUAAAUUGCAGUGAAAUAAACCAUUGAGGCGGUCGCACUUUACACACACACAACAUAUAUAGAUCAGUUAAGCAAUAUUUCACAUCGAACAAAGAGUGCUAAAAGAAUGCCAGAGCGGGCAAAGGAGUUGCAUGCUACUUUCUUCUGGACCCAGCCACAGACGCAGUCACAGAUCCAGAACCAGCCACUGGUAGAAGCCCAAGUAAGAAAUGCCUGGCAAUCAUCCGUGCCAUGUUGCAAUAAGCCCCAGUUAAGUCGCAACAAACUUCAGAGUUGCUUGGUUUUAAAAAAGGAGGUGGUUGAGCCGCAGAAACAUCAGGAGGCGAAAGGAGGAGAUCACGCUACCCCUAACUGCAAUAAGUGUCCACAGGAGCAGCGGGUAAAGCCAUAUUCUGGUUAUCCAUUGAACGUUAAGCUAUACAUGCCAACGACUACCACGAGAAUGCCAAGUGUUCGAAGUCGAAGCCAGGCAACAACGACAACGAUUAGCAUUAACCAACCAGCUAUGCAUCGAAAAUCGAAGAGCAAAAGCAAGAGCGUUGCCAACAGCACAUUUUUGCCGUUCCAGUCCAAAAAUUCCUUGGAACAGCAGCAACCUUUUACAGCAGCUAUAGCGGCUGUUAGCGAAGAAGCAGAAGUCGAAUCGGAUGCAAGAACAUCAACAGAAUUAGGUGCGAAUAGAACAAUAAAGCAACAUCAACGUGAACAUCCCGAUAUCAAGAACACAACGCGAAGAGUCCAUAAUCACAUUUACAACAAGAAUAAAAACCGCUCCUCAUCCUCUUCGCUGGUGCGAUGCAAAAUGUUAAUUCCCUUGCCCACAUUAGGCGCUACAUCGUUCGUCACUUUGCUCACGCUGAUCUGCAUAGAAACCGUUUUGCUUUCGACCAUGUCCAGCUGCGCCAAAACCUUCUACAUGCAUUGGAAUACAUCGAACAGCAUAUUUCGGAUAGACAACACCGAUCACAUUAUUGAUGUCAACAAAGGCAACCUGGCCUUCGAAUUCGACCAGGUGCACAUAAUAUGUCCAGUGUACGAGCCAGGGACAUUUGAAAACGAAACAGAGAAAUAUAUAAUAUACAAUGUGUCUAAAGUGGAGUACGAAACAUGUCGCAUAACAAAUGCAGAUCCGCGAGUAAUAGCUAUAUGUGAUAAACCUCAAAAAUUAAUGUUUUUUACAAUAACUUUCCGGCCAUUUACACCGCAGCCAGGUGGCUUGGAGUUCCUACCUGGAAAUGAUUAUUACUUCAUUUCAACUUCAUCGAAAGACGACUUGUAUCGACGCAUUGGGGGCCGUUGCUCCACAAACAAUAUGAAAGUUGUGUUCAAAGUGUGCUGCGCUACGGAAGAAAAGAACAAGACCACACAAACCACCACAUCCGUGGCUGUGGCAGGCGCAGACACAGGAGGAGGAAACAGUGUCAAUAUCGCGGCCCAUGAUGACAGUCAUGGACAUGGCUACGGCCACAAUACUGGUGCCGGAAACACCAUUGGAAUAAGCGGUGUCAACGGAGGACUCUCGGGCGGAUCCCCCUCAGGGGGAAUAGCCAUACAUCCAAACAAUGUCAACAUUAAUGGCCUAGGAACCUCGAUCAAUACGAACAUCGAUCAGUUCAACCGGAUACCGAUUCAACCGAACAUUAUGGGUAACAAUGUUGGCUCUAGUGGCGUUGGAGGUGGAGCUGGUGGUGGAAUUAUCUUGUCUCCUGGUCAUGGUCAUGGUAGCAUCAACAUGCUGCCACCUGGCCGUGGUGGGGUAAAUAUUGCAUACCCGGGACAUCACCACAUUCAAACUGGCAUUCGGAUAAACAAUGUGCCAACGCAGCACAGCUAUCCAUCGCACAAGGGUAACGUCAACGGCAACUCUAAUGGUAAUGAUGAUCACCACCAUUACGACAAACAUCCCAACGAGGUUGUGAAGAACGAAGAGCUUACAUACAACAGUGGCUCGGCGAUUGCAGGUAGAAAUAACUUCAACGUUUGGAUCUGGAUAUCCUACUGGCUGCCUCUGCCUUCCCCGUUAACCUGUUGCAUGUCUGGCAAUUGGUUAAGUUCGUCUUUAGUCAGCAUUUUUGCGAUCCUUGCAAUGCACCAAGUAAUUCGGAUAACAUUGCCCACCCAGCGUUUCCGCCCAGAAAAUAUGGCAUUCAGUCCCUCCUCCAGCAAGAGCUACGGAAUCAUCAACACCAAGGGCAAUCGGUGAAUUUGUUGAGAACACCAGUUGACCCGUUACGCUCAGAAAUAUUUAUUUAUAACAUAAAUGUCACUUAACACUAAAUUUUCCUAUUUUCCAUUCAUCAUAA